GGUUUUUGAAUGGAAAUAUCAAAAAGAUUUCUAAAUUCUAAAUUUAUAUCCACCACAUUAAAACAAAUCAGAAUGGUUCACAACGAAGUCACAAUUAUUGGUUCAGGCCCUGCUGCUCAUACAGCUGCCAUCUACUUGUCAAGAGCCGAGGUUAAACCCGUGUUAUACGAAGGUAUGUUGGCUAAUGGGUUUGCAGCUGGAGGUCAAUUAACCACCACCACCGACAUUGAAAACUUUCCUGGAUUCCCAGAAGGUAUCAACGGUACCAGUUUAAUGGACAAUAUGAGAAAACAAAGUGAAAGAUUCGGUACCAAGAUCAUUACCGAAACCAUUUCCAAAGUCGAUUUCAGCUCCAGACCUUUUAAAUUGUGGACCGAAUUUUAUGAAGAUGAUGAACCAAUUACUACCGAUGCCGUGAUCAUUGCCACAGGUGCCUCGGCCAAGAGAAUGCACUUACCAGGUGAAGAUACCUAUUGGCAACAGGGUAUUUCUGCUUGUGCUGUUUGUGAUGGAGCAGUUCCAAUUUUCAGAAACAAGCCUUUGGCCGUUAUCGGAGGUGGUGAUUCUGCAUGUGAAGAAGCUCUUUUCUUGACCAAGUACGGUUCCAAGGUGUAUUUGAUGGUGAGAAGAGACCAAUUAAGAGCCUCCACCAUUAUGCAAAAAAGAGUUAAGGAUAACGAAAAGUUGGAGAUUUUGUGGAACACCGAAGCUACUGAAGCUAAAGGCGAUGGUAAGCUUUUAACCGGGCUUGAAAUCAUCAACAACAAGACAAAGGAAACCUCCUUGUUACCUGUCAAUGGUUUGUUUUACGCCAUUGGCCAUACCCCUGCCACCGCUGUGUUUGGUAAACAAAUUGAAACUGAUGAUACCGGAUAUAUCAAGACCACACCAGGUUCUACUCACACCUCGGUACCAGGUGUGUUUGCAGCUGGGGAUGUCCAAGAUAAGAUUUAUAGACAAGCCAUCACUUCUGCUGGCUCUGGAUGUCAAGCUGCUUUGGACUGUGAAAGUUUUUUGGCUGAACAAAGUGUAUAAUAGACUAUAGACUUAGAGUAUUGUAUGUACACCACGAAUUUGAUGUUUGUACCGCCGCCUGUCGCAUUUUAUCUUCGCGAAAACUGGAUCAUUUG